AGCGCUGGCUUUAGCCGUGCUUGGGCGGGCGCGACGGGCUUCCGGGCAUGCGGCGCCUUCAUGGCCGGCACCCGCUGAAUGUCCUGCCACUGGGGAACCGACUGCUCGACUCGGACUCCACGGGCCCCACGGGCCGGGGUGCGCGGUGCGGGGCGCUGAGCGCUCUGCGGGACGAGCAGCUUCUGCGGGCGCUGCAGGCCUUGGACCCCGCCAGCCUGGCGCGUUGCGCAGCGGCGGCGCCGCGGCUCCGGGCCUUCGCGCUGAGCGACGAGCUGUGGCAGCCGCACGUCCUGCGGCGCUUCCUGGCGCCCGCCGGGGCUGGGCUUGGAGAGACCUUCGCGUGGCGGGGCCGCACCUGGCGUGAGGCCUUCGUGCACAGCCAGAACUGCGCCCCAGCGCCGUGCCACGUGGCUGUGUUCAGCGAUGUGCUCUACCGCAGCUUCUUCUAUGCCGCCGGGGAGCUGCAGGCUGCGUGGCUGGGUGCCGAAACGCUGCCCCGCGUCAGUGCCGAUCUCUCCGUGGAAGACUUCCUCGAACGCUUCGAGCGGCGCAGCUGCCCGGUGCUCAUCGAGGGCUGCGUCAAGACCUGGCCGGCCAUGGGCCGCUGGCACCGGGAGGCCUUGCUGCAGCGCUUCGGGGAUGUGCCCUUUGCGGCCGGCGCGGCGGACUUCCCCUUGCGAUGCUUCUAUGAGUACGCCGAGAGCAACAUGGACGACGUGCCCAUGUUCAUCUUCGACAAGUACUUUGGGAAGCGGGCGCCGGGCUUGCUUGAGGACUACGAGGUGCCGGAGCACUUCCGGGGCCGGGACCUCUUCGAUCUCUUGGGCGACCGCCCAGACUUCCGGUGGCUGCUGAUCGGGCACCGGCGCAGCGGAUCCAAGUGGCACCUGGACCCGAACAAGACCUGCGCCUGGAACGCGGUGGUGCGGGGCCGCAAGCGCUGGCUGCUGCUUCCACCAGGUUGCCCUCCUCCGGGCGUCCACCGGUCAAAGGAUGGUGCAGAGGUGAUUCAGCCGGUGAGCCUGCUGGAGUGGUUCACCAACUUCUACGCAGAGCUCAAGCGCCACGUGGACCUCAACCCGGCCUGGGACCUGAAGGAAGGCACCUGCGGCCCGGGGGACCUGGUCUUCAUCCCCAGCGGCUGGUGGCAUUGCGUCCUGAACCUGGAGGAUGACACCAUUGCGGUCACCCAAAACUACGCCUCGGAGACCCACGUGGCCUCGGUGCGGCGCUUCCUCUCGGAGCGCCGGGAAGAGGUGAGCGGCACCGCGGACCGCGAGACGCUGGCGGAGAGAUUUGACGAGGCUCUGGCUCGGCAUCGUCCAGAUUUGCUUGGAGAGGCCGCAGAGUCAGAGAUCGUGGCUACGAAGCCGGAGGAGACGCCAAAGUUCUCCUUCUGGGACCACUUGAGGUCAACUGGAAAGUCCCUGAGCUUUGAGGCAAAGCGCCAGCGCUUGACCUGAACUCUGCCCGCCGCCUUCGCGCUGUCCGCGGAUGCCGAGCGCCAAGCUAGUGAGCUGGCGCAGACUGCCAGAACAUGGAGGACACGGAGGAUGCAGCGCGCGGGCGUGCGGGUGCGGGGAUUCCGAGAUGAGACACACGCAGACGGUCUUGGGACGCAGUUGCACCGAGCGUGGCGAGCA